AUGAAUAAUAAGCAAGAACCCCAAGCGCAAUCUGAAGCUCAGCGACCUGACGAAAACGAAGGCGUUGCUGAUGAACUCAGUUAUCGCUCUCUUCUUGAGAGAGUCAGGAGCCUCAUCUUUGCAGUUCUAUUCUUUGGAGUCUAUGGGAACUCCGGCCUUGAAGGCGUCGAAUUCGUUGGACUCAUUAUUGAGGAUGUGCAGCUUUUCACGUUUUUUAUAUGCAUUGAUAUGCAAGCGAUCUAUUGGGUUCCUUCCUGGAUUGCAACAACUGUCGAACGUGUAUAUGAGAAUAUGGCAUGGCAGCCAUUCAUCUGUAUCUUUGGUCUUUGCUGUGCUACUAUUGUCUUCAGUUGGAUUAAUGCUCUCAUCGUCGCGUGGGGCUUCAUUCGGGGUCAACACAAGUUUAUAAUGCCAAUUAGAUUCUUACGUUUGAUUGCCUCAGUGCUCCCAACCAUGCUUUUCCUCCCCGUGGUGGAAGUGCUGAUUGCUCCUCUGAUCUGUGGAGAUACCUGGUGGCAUACUACGGAGAUUGCCCCAGACGCUCUUGCAACAAUUUCUUGUAACUCUACACCUCGAAUCAUCUUAAUGAUUGCUUCUGUACUCUUCCUUGUAUCGCUUGUAUGCUUCUGUUGGGUCUUGAACGGAGCGUUUGUCGAUAUCAACCCGACUCAUAAAGGGCCAUUGGCAAAAGUACAUGGACGUGCCGACAUCAUUUACAGUGUAUUGAAAACCUUGGUUGUCUGCGUGUGGAAGUUAGCUCCAGAAUCCUGUUAUUUGAUCAAGAUUGCUACUGUUGCCCUCGCAGCUCUAGGAAUCGCACUGUCGAACUUGUAUUGGUUGCCAUUCUACAAUCCAAUCAUCAAUCACAUCAGAGUUGGAGGCACUGGAGCCGCCGCUGUUUGUGGUUUGAUUUCGUUCAUUGCUGCAGCCAUUUAUGGACAAGAGGGUCAAACUGUUGGCUCUUGGUAUGUUUUUGCAGCUUUGAUGGCUACAUAUCCAUUAUCAUUCAUUGGUGGCUAUAUGUUGUCGGGCUGGUAUCAUAAUUCUCUCAUGUCAAGGGUCCGAGCGAAACUCGCAGAGAUGCACAAGACCGGUGCCGAUACUCAAGAUCUGAACGACCUUGUUUUUAGAUAUGCAGUCAAUGUUGAACAAGUUGUGCGUUUCGCUACCGCCCACAUGGAUGAGAGAAAACGGCAACCAGAUUCGUCAAAGUUGGACGAACUUUUGCUAAUAUUCAAAAGAGGUUUACUCGAGUUCCCCGAGUCAGCUCUGUGCCGUUUCUCCAUGGCAAACUACCUCUACCAUCUCUCGGAUGGCACCUUUGGAUUGAUGGAUAGGAUUCGAAAGAUAGAGGGACUGCAACCUCCUUCGGAUCUCCUAUUUCAAGUUUACUUUUUACGACAAAUGUCAACUCAAGGUCAGGAAGCUGACUUUUUGGGAUCGAACGUGAAACUGGACAUUGCUUCGUAUGCUGAAUUUAAAAAGGUCAACCACGAAGCCAAAUUCCAGCAUCAUUUAGCAUUGCAAUGGCAACGAGAGAUGUGGACGUUGCUCAAACAUCCCAGCCACAAGACAGACGAAUUGGAAAACAUUGCUAUAAACUUGCACCAAACUGCCAAAUUCGCAAAUCAGGCCUACCUCCAGCUCGUCACCCGUUUUCCAAAGUCUAAAGUCCUGCUCAGGUUUUACGCUCGAUUUCUCCUUGAUAUCACCAAUGAGUCGUACAAAGCUGCUACUCUGUUGGCUCGAGCUGAUGCUAUUGAAGAUGAGCUGAAUGAAGAAGAAGCCUUCCAACCCGAACAGUAUCGCCAAGGAGAUGCAGAUAGUGAUGAGGAGGUAGAGGAAGAUUCGACAGGGUCAGGCAGUAUCAGAAGCUCUUCGAAUCUUGGGAAUGACGAUGUUAAUGAUGAAGAAGGCGACAAUCUACCAGAGAUUCCCAUGAUUGGCGCUAGUGACGACAAGCAGCCAAACAAUGUCGGAAUCUCGAAACCCACAUAUAUGAAAGCAGACUUUGUAGCAAAAAUCAGGUCAUCACAACAGACAGCACGAGAUCAAAAGCCUGAUAUGGAGAGACGCAGUGAAGUUUCCAAGGAUAGUUCGACCAAUUCCGAAGUUCGGUCUUAUCAACGAUCUCAGUCUCUUCGUGCAGCUAUAUUGUCCCGUAACAUGAAUGGCAUCACCAUCAUUGUCAUGACUGCCUUCCUUAUUGGCAUUACGGGACUUGCUGUUUUGAUUGCCAACUACAUCGUUAUUACCGACUUACUAUCCUCCACGAGCAGUGCUUUAAUAACAUUGAGCGCUCUCCAUAUCAGAGAAGAUAAAACUGCUCUGUGUUUCCGACGUGCAAGGCAGCUUCAAGAUGCUCACGCCGCAGGCAACUCUGCACUCUUUGCCACAAUUCAGUCCACAUUCUUUAACGACAUGAUGGCCUUGAGAAGCGCUGCUCAAUCGGCAUUUGAUCAAUUGGAUCCAGCCAACACUGAGCUUUAUUCGUUUUGGACAACACCAGUUGUUCCCGUCAAUAUGAGCUACUUCCCGGCUAUAACAACACGAGUGGAAGUAUAUCAUACACUGUACGAGGUCAUCAAUUUGUUUGCACAGAGUGGUGUUGAUUUGGCUACGAGACCAUACACUGAUUCACGAUGGAGUAAUCUGUCCAGCGACAACUCAUUUCGAUUCAUUGCAGACAAUUUCUUUUGGAUACAAAAGGGUGCAUAUGAUUACAGUAUGAACGACUUGUUCUUCAAUCAGUACUAUGACAAAAGUAAUACGGCUGUUAGAGAAAUUAUUGGGCUGACAGUUACGCUGAUUGUGACGGCUGCAGUCGCAAUCCUGGUCUUGGAUUACAGAGUCGUGGUUUUUCGCCGAAAGCAGCGAGAGGCUCUUGGCAUCCUUUCAAAAAUUCCGCGAAGUGCUGUAGCUGAAAUGUUGCAGCGUUUAGAGGAGUCAGAAAAUGAAUCAGAAGAUAUUAUGGGACAAGAGAAUCUCGCUCAGAAAGCUCGAAACAUAGUGGCAAUCCACCGAGGAGACCAGUACAACCUACAGUGGCGUGGCCGAUUCGAGUACUUGUCCUACUUGUGCUUGUUGAUCGUUCUCGCAGUCAUCUUUGCUGUCUUUAAUGCAAAUGGCAUCUACUCGAUUGGACAGUACUUUGCGAUGUUGGACCAGUUUGGAGAUUCCGCUACAUUUCCUACAAGGGCCCUCUCUCUCAUCAAUGAACUUCAACGACAAGAUUGGAUUACAUGGGGCAACGAAAGCAAUAUACGAAGCAAUUUGGUGCUUGAUGCCGGAACUGACAAUUACGUCCAAAUUUGGCAAAAUGUCCUUUACGGAGAUACCACACGCUACCCUCCUUCUCCUGUGCAUAACCAAUAUGCAUCAGAUAUACAAUACGCUUUCGAGCAACUGGCUUGCUUACCAACGGAUCAAACGAUUUGCGCUAAUCGAUUGUUUAAUACCUCCCUUGCAGGGUACUCGUCUACGCUGGUCACAAGUGGUUUAAAGAACUUGAUGACCAGUUUCAUGACUGAAUUGGAGGGGAUGGUUGCUGCCGCAGCGGCUGGACCAUUUAUACCCGACGCGGAUUCGUAUAAUUUGAUGAAUGCUGCAUUCGAUCCAGAUAUUCUUGAUGGGUUUCUACGACUCAAGGAUCUGGCCUGCACUGAUGCCCAAGCGUACUUUGCUGUCAGUGCAAUAAGAAACGAUAUCAUUUUUGCCUUUGAAGCGAUUUUGGUCUGUUUGGGCCAGGUGGUUGUGUUUCUUCUAAUGGUUCAUAAUUUACGGAAUAUGGAAGAGUGUAUUGCAGACUUGAUCGUGAGACUCCCACUAAAUGUACGAAAUUUGCCUGUCGUGACCAACUUCCUUGACAAGGAUGAACACCAGCUCCCCAAGAAGGACACCAAAGACGGUUCCGUGUCAAACAUCAAAUCUGCUGUGGAGGGCAUCAUCUCAGGACUAAGCCGAGGGCUUUCUCGACGAAACACCCAGACUGACGAUCUACCGAGCCAACUUUCGACACCAAUCGGCAAAAAGAUGGGCAGUACCACUAUAAAUGGGAAUGUGAUUUUGGAAACAAGGCGUCGGAGCUCUGUUCGUUUCGAUGCUGCUAUGACGCGGCCUAUAACAGUACCAGUAGAAGAGAGACGGUACAGCUCUCAACAAGCAUCAGCAGACGAGAGACGAUACAGCUCUCAACCCGCAUCAGUGGAUGAAAGACGAUACAGCGCCCAAAGCCACGACGCCCAAAGCAGACGUGCCUCGCAUGCUCUGGGAAUUGGUGGAACUAAUCCGCCUCAAAUCCGAGAAAUGGUUUCACUGGAAAACUCUCUGUAA